AACAACAACAACAAAGCGGGCAAACAGAAAGUAGAAAAAUGGAAACUUGUCCAGUUUGUGGUGAGAAAGCAGUUACAGAAGAUAUUGAAAAUGGCCAGAAAGUUCGUGUAUGCACUGAGUGUGGGGCUAUGGAUAGUGAUAUGCAAGAAUUGACAUCAGCUGACCAGUUCGAGGGGACAACUAUAAGUGAUGGCAACUGUUAUGGUCCAGCAGGUGGGAAAAGAUGGAUGAAAACAACAUCAAGUUGUGCUGAAAGAAACAAAGCACUUGGUAAAAAAUUGAUAACUAACAUUGGAAUUCAGCUGAAAGUUGGUGAUGUCAUAACUAAAGAGGCGUGCCAGCUCUAUGAAAGAGUUUAUGAUAAUGAGUUACAUAAUACUUUGGUAGAUAGCAAAAAGACAAUGUGUAUGGCCUGCUUAUACUCCUCUGCAAGGAUGCAUAAAUUUUCCAUUAAUAUUAGAGAAUUAGGUUUCUUUCUCAACAUAAAGAAUUCAGCUAGAAGAUUUGGGUCAGCUUUGAAGUGUCUUAAACAUAAGUAUAAUGUACAUUUACCGCCCAUCGACAUUCAAAAUGAGGCUUAUAGAGUGCUGUCUCAGUCCGAUUUGCCAGGUGAUAUAGUGAAAACAGCGAAUCAGAUUCUAAGUAUAAUGCAGCGGGCAAUGAUAACAACUGGACGUUGCUGUAUGUCCUACGCAGUGCCUUGUGCUUAUUUUGCAUUCAAAGCAUCAGACAUAGCCGCACACUGGCGACUCACUUUUAAAGCUUUUUGUAAAAAGUUCAACUUUAGAAAGACAUUAAAAUAUGGCUGUAAGCCCGAAGUUGAAAAAACACUAAAAGCCAUGGCUAAAGAACUACCAUGGGUGAAGGGGUUAGAUGUGGAAGUUGAUAGAGUGGAAGUUCACAUUAAAGACAUAAUUAAGUAUCAGUCAUCCUUGUUUGCCCAGGCAGUUCUUACCGCUGUAAAUGAGAUGGAAGAUACCGAUAAAGAGGUAACAGAAGUUUGUCCAGACAUGAUCGAAGAUCCAGGCUAUAUUUUUCGUUCGUGUCCAAAAAGAAAACAAGCAGAAGAAAAAACAGGGAGUGGAGACACUGAAGGACUUCCUGCAGAAAAGAAACAAAAGAUAAAGAGUGAAAAAAGAGCUGAAAGAGAUUUUGAUAAGCAGUACAGUGGCAACAGUUCAGGUUUAGAAAGUUUUGACUUAGGGUCUGAUGAUGAUACUGACCACUAUAUUUUAUCAUCAAAAGAAGUAAUGAUAAAAAAAGAGGUUAAUAAACGAUUUGGACUUCAUAACGAAGAAGAAGAGGAUGCCGUUUAUGUAGAUGUUGAUGAACAAACUAGAAAUUUAACAGGUCUAGAAAAGUUUGAAAAUGUUAAGGAGGAAAAUGCAAAUAAUGCAAGUCAGAAUGCUGUAGAUACAAAUGAUGAAGAUGGUGAUGAUGAUGAUGAUGAUGGUGAUUAUGGUGAUAACGAUAGAAAGAGUAUUGUGAAUUACUUAUUCAGAAGACAAACAAACAGUAAUGAGGAAGGAGAUGAGGGAGUUGACUUUGCUUCUUCUGAUGACGAUAAUUAUUAUGAUUAACAUCGAGUCAGAUUAUAAAAAAAGUCAUUUAAGUAAUCAGUUUUGAAUAUUUUUGUAUUGUUAAAAUUAAAUAUCAGUGUUUUUGCAGUUAGUAGUUUGCUUUAAGUCUUGAGAUUACUAAAGAUGCUUCAGAAUACUUGAAUUUAUGUUGUUGGCUUUAAAGUACUAGUUGAGCUUGCGAAUUGUUCAGCCUUUCGUGAUUACCAAGGCAGUUCAUUUCAUCAGGGCAUAGCUUAGUGAAUUAUUCUGGCAAUGUAUAACUGAUUUUGAAUGUACUAAUUUAUUGAUAUCAGUAAAACAGGAUUUUGCUAUCAGGGUUUUUUCUACCAGGAGGGGAAGGUGCCCAGGCUUGUGACUUUAGGGAAAAAAUAGCUCGGUAUUUGGGCAAAGGGGAAUAAAAAACCUGAUGUAAAGUCAAUUUUUGGGGAAAACUGCAUCAUUUAAAAGAAAUUUUCUGAGGGGAAGGGGCCUAUUAAAGGCCCCUAUUAUGAAGGAAGGAAAAACCCUGGCUAUACAUUAUUUGGAUUCUAAUAUGCCCUUUAUCUAAAACAGAAACAGAACAAAAACAUUGAUAUCAUGGCCCAUUAAAGUGACUUCAUUUUUAACAGGAACAAGCAUAUUAGAAUAUUCAUUUUAUCGUUCUAAAAAUUUUGAUCUUUUUUUUUUGUAUGGUCCCUCUCUUACAUGUAUGAAUACUUACCAGCGUACUCAACUCGUGUUCGGUUCCUUAGAUGUGGCCUUGAGAUAUUAAGAUUUGUGUCCUGUUUGUGUGAUUAUACUUCUAGUUAAAAGUUAGUGAUUGUAAACACACUGCUUGAAAAUAUUUGGACAAUAAUAGAAUAUGUUCGUUCAGGUUUAUUCGGUAUUCACAAGCUUUUAACAAAAAUAUACAUGCAAAGUAU